GGAGAACGUUUUUUCCAUUUUAUCUCCACCUUGUCCGCACUUCGUUUUGUGCUCUCUUUGUGCGCUGCCCCCGCUCAACGUUUGGGCCUCAAAAAAUAGAAAAUCAAGUAGUCCCGCCGUGUGUGCCUGUGAAAUCGGUUAAAUACCGCCCAAUGGGCCAGUGGCCAAAAUGCAAUAAGAAUAUGAGUGUGCAAUAAUAAUCGAGAACUGUGCCCCAAAACAUGAAAAUGGUGCUAGACGCUCCUAACGCCGUGCCGAGCUGGCAUAUUUUGCUUAGCGACGCCGUCGGCGCCGUUUUUUCCGGCCGCGAACUCUACGCGAGGAAUUUACAACAAAAACAAUGAAAUAAAAAAUAUGGCCCUGUCUAAAUGACGUCACAAGCGUAACAGAGUGCAACAGACAACAAUGACCGAUGAGCAUAAAAGUAACAUUAACAGUAACAGCAGUAACAACUCCAGCAACAACAAUAACAGCAAUAACAACAACAACGCAGCAAGUAGUAGCAGCAGCAACAACAACGGCAACGAGAGCAACAGCAGCAGCAACAACACUAGUAGCAUAAUUGCAGAGGCGGCCGCCAAGUUUCUACUGAAAAAUGGCCUGAACGGCAGCAGCAACAGUGGUUUUGCACCUCUGCCACCGCCCCUGCCCGCCAACACCAGCAGGACGACCACGCCCACGUCUACUGCAGCGCCUACGACCACGCCCACGACUUUAUCCUGCAGCUCAUCCACAACCUCAAAUGGCUUUUUGCCGCAUGUCAAGACGCCCAAAAGUAGUAGCAUCAUGGCUGCAUCAGCUGCAGUGGCAGCCAGCCUCGUUGGAGCUACUGCAUCCAAGCCCCCGACCAUCGAUGUUCUGGGCGGCGUCCUGGACUACAGUUCCUUGGGCGGAGCAGCCACUGGUACUCUGCCCACCACUGCAGCAGCAGCAGCGACAGCCGGAUCAGUAAAGAUCGGCAAGACCAGCAGCUCCGGCGGCAGUUUUGAUAUGGGCAGGACUCCAAUAUCGACGCAAGGCCACAGCAACAACACCUGGGGCGGCUGCGGCGGCCGUUUGCAGUUCUUUAAAGAUGGCAAAUUUAUAUUGGAACUUGCACGAUCCAAGGAUGGCGACAAAAGCGGCUGGGUCUCGGUUACACGGAAGACCUUCCGCCCUCCAUCGGCGGCCACCUCGGCCACUGUGACCCCAACGUCGGCGGUGACCACAGCGUAUCCAAAGAAUGAGAACUCCACAUCGCUAAGCUUUUCGGAUGACAACAGCUCGAUACAAUCUUCGCCCUGGCAGCGCGAUCAGCCCUGGAAACAGUCCCGACCCCGCCGAGGAAUAUCCAAGGAGCUGUCGCUUUUCUAUCACCGCCCGAGGAACAGUGCACUUGGACGGGCUGCACUGCAGACAGCUGCUCGCAAACGGCGACGACCCCAUGAGCCGUUGACCAACAGCGAGGAGCAGCAGCCCAUUUUCGAGACAGCUAUCAAGGCGGAAAAUGGCGACGAUACUCUGAAGGAAGAAGUUGCAGAGACCGUUGAAGGUGGCGCUGAGGCGGAAACAUCCGCUACUGAGAUUAAAACUGAAAAAUCGGAAACGAUCAAAGGCGAGGAAGAUACUGAAGGAUGUGAAAAGGAGUCCAAGAAGGAGGUUACCGAUAACAACGAGUUAAAAACAGGAGAUCCUCCUCCAAAAGUGGAUGCGGAACCGAAGAAAGAGACUGUGGAAAAAAUGAACACGAGCGAGGAUGAGGAAGCCCUGGCUGCACCGCCCACAUCCAUAAGUUCUGUGAACGGUGAUCUUAACGGCGACCUCAAGGCGAGAGUCGGUAAACCAAAGCCGAAACCGCGGGCUAAGCUCAGUAGCAUCAUCCAGAAACUAAUUGAUGGGGUGCCAGCACGUCUGGAGCAAAUGUCCAAGACACCAGCGGCAGCAAGCACAACGACUGCGGCGGCAGCAGAGCGGAGCGGAAGCGGAGCCAUUGGCAGUCUGGGUCAUUCCAUGACGCACAAGGUUUCUCCGCCCUCGUCAGCAUCAGCAGCCAGCCGUCUAGUCGAGUACCACCACCAGCAUGUCUCGCCCAGAAAGCGGAUACUGCGCGAGUUUGAGAAGGUAUCGUUGGAGGACAACGGUUGCGCGAAUAACGGCAGCGCUGGAGGAAGCAGCGGCGGAGCGGGCGGCAAGCGAAGCCGGGCAAAGGCUUCCUCCACCUCGUCUCCGGCGGGCAAGGCUUCGCCGAUGAACCUGGCCCCUCCCCAGGGAAAGCCGAGUCCCAGUCCCAACUCCACCUCAUCCAGUACUUCCCCAGCCGCGGUGUCCACGCAGCCAACGCGGCUAAACAGCUCCUACAGCAUUCACUCUCUGCUAGGUGGGAGCAGUGGCAGCGGCAGCUCAUCAUCCUCGUCAGGCAAGAAGAGCGGCGACCAUCCGGCGGCUAUUAUCAGCAAUGUGCACCAUCCGCACCACUCCCUGUACCAGCCCAGCUCAUCGAGCUACCCACGCGCGCUGCUCGCCUCGCCCAAGUCUCCAGAUGUGAGCGGCAGCAACGGAGGAGGUGGUAAGUCCCCGUCGCAUGCUGGGACCAAGAAGCGUUCGCCACCGUACACUGCGGGCUCGCCUCUGCCCGUGGACUAUGGGCACUCUUUCUACAGGGAUCCCUAUCCAGGAGCAGCUCGUCCUUCCACAGCAAGCUCGGCGUCACAGGAUCUAUCGCCGCCGCGCUCUUCGCCAGCCUCGCCCGCCACGACGCCGCGCACCGUGCCUAAAAAAACUGCAUCCAUUCGUCGUGAGUUCGCCUCACCGUCGGCCAGCAGCAGUAGCUGUCCAUCGCCCGGCGACAGGAGUGCCUCACCUCCGGACCGGCGGCACAUGCAGCAGCACUUGCAGCGCAGCUCGCCGCUGCACUACUAUAUGUAUCCGCCACCGCCCCAGGUGAAUGGCAACGGUUCGGGCGGCAGUCCGACAUCGGCACCAGUGACAUCGGGCAGCAGUGCAGCUGCAGCUGCGGCGGCAGCAGCGGCAGCGGCCGCCUACAUUCCCUCGGUGGUGUCGCCCUCGCUCUACCAUCCCUACAUAUCCACUCUGGCGGCGCUGAGGCAUAAUCCGCUGUGGAUGCACCAUUAUCAGGCAGGAGCAUCGCCCCUAUUGCCGCCACAUCCACAGGCCGGCAGUUCGGCGGCUGCCGCUGCUGCAGCAGCUGCUGCCGCUGCUAGAUUAUCGCCUCAAUCGCCCUAUCACGCGUUCGCGUACAACGGAGUGGGACCGGCCGCUGUGGCGGCUGCAGCUGCUGCCGCCGCCUUCGGACAGCCCGCCCCAAGUCCCCACACGCAUCCGCACCUGGCCCAUCCGCACCAGCAUCAGCACCCGGCUGUACUGACCACCCACCACUCGCCCGCUCACCUGGCCACGCCAAAACUGACUGAUAGUAGUACCGACCAAAUGUCUGCAGCGUCCAGUCAUCGCACCGCCUCCACUUCGCCGAGCAGCUCGAGCGCAUCCGCCUCCUCCUCGGCGGCCACUUCCGGCGCCAGCUCCUCAGCAAUGUUUCAUACUAGUAGCCUAAGGAAUGAACAAAGUUCAGACUUACCACUGAAUCUGUCAAAGCACUGAGACAUACAUACGCCCCAGCAGCCCCAGUUUCUGGGCCAACCAUCGUGUUAAGUACAUUAUCGCACUAGUAGCGCUUAAGACGACAUUCAACUACACGUAACACUAUUUUAUAGGUUCUCUGCUAGUUUAGUUAUAACCUAAUUGUUUUAGCCUAAGUCUAAUUGUACGUUCUCAAUUAGGGCCGAACAUUUAAAUAACAACAAAGAAAAGAGAAGAAAAACUAAGAGAUAAUAACUCAACUAUGUUUUUAACCCGUUCCAGAACUUUUUAUACAAACAGUUAAAAAAUGGAAUUUUCGACGAACAUAUUAAAUAUGCAAAGGAAUUUUAUUCUAUGCCGACUAAUGACAAGUAAUACUAACAAAACUUUUUCUAUAGGAUGUAUAAAAUGCAAGUCUUGAAGAAUCUCAAAAAAGAGUUACGUUUUUUCAUCAAAACAUUUCCUUGAAACAGACUGAACCUGAUUUUUUAGAAAAAAAAAAGAAAAACUUAGUUACGGAUCGCAGCAUAUAACUUUUAAAAGUAUAUUUAACUACAAGAACAGAAUUUUAUAAAAAGCGUGUGCCUUUCAAGAUGAAAAUAAAACUAGGGAUACAAAAAUUAAUAUGUAAACCAGAAAACAAAUUUACUAGAAAAAAAUAUAAAUAUGCAAACUUUUACAGAUAUUCUGUGGUAAAACAUUAGAUAUCGUCAAUAUCGAGGUCCAAAAAAGCAAUCGACAGCAAUUUGUAUUAGGUAGAUUGUAUACAAUUUUAAACGCCGGUUUCUCGAGUACCUCUCAACUUUUCUCAGACAAAUAAGGUUCGUCCAUGUGAAAAGUAACUCUAAGAAGUACACAGACUGCCAGGAACACAGCUGAUUCAAUGUGCAUUUUGGUUCACAAUUUAUUGUUUCUUAAGUUAGUUAGGCACUUGUGAAACCGGACCUAAUUGUUUGAGUAAAAAUUUAUAUUAAGUUUUUGAAUUGAUUUUUAUUUUGAAUUUUAAAUGAGUUCAAAAAUGUAUAAAUUUAAAAAUUGCAGUGAUGCCUAUAAUUUACAGACUUUUAAUGAGUUUUAUAAUGUACCCGAAACUCAUUGUCAGUCUCUAAAAAUUAAUUUCCUAACAAAAAAAUAUUUUUAAAAAUUUUAAAUUUUAAGUUUAUUUUGAUUGAGUCUUUGAAUGUACAACGUGACCAAUAUUCUAAUUAAGUAUAACUUUACCUGACGCAAAUUUGCUGUCAAUGCUGUCCAAUGAAACCCAAAUGAAAAUGUACAAAAAUUCACAUAUACAAAAUAUUUACAAAAAUCGAAAGAGGAUCCUUAACAGACAAAUUCAAACCGGAAUUCGUACAACUGAAACUGAUACAAAUAAAAAACAUAUUCCUAACGCAAAAAGACAAAAACAAAACGCGGUUUCUCAUAUUUUCUAAAUUAUUUAUAUAAAUCAAAUGACUAUUUAUAUAUACUGAUACGUUAAUGUGUAAGUAAAUAGGUUUAAUUGUAAAUACAGUAUUUUUACACAAAAACAAAGCAAACCGAUACACGAGAAAUAACCACUAUAUUUAAUAUAACUAUUUUUAUAACGGAUUUUAACAAAAUACUGUAUAUUUUGUAUCUGAUGACACAGAAUAAAAACAAAAGGAUUCCAUUAAAGGUCAA